CGGCACACCGUUUCCCGACUGAUCUAAAGCACUCUGAAGUUCCGACAGGAGUUGAACUUCCACUAGGAUUGUUGCUGUCCGACAUUCAGCACAACUCUGGAACGAUACAUGACAGAACUACAUUUUACAUAUCAAGAAACCAUCUCAAGAUGAGACUAAAUGGAAAACCCAGAUGGUCUGUCUUGAAGCAAAAAAGAAAUCGGAUGAUAAAUCGCAGGAUGCACAGGCAGAGAUCAAACUGCUGGAGAUCAUGUCAAAUUGUAAUUGGGAGGUUGACAGAACUAACAUGCUCUCAAAAAUCUCACACAUUAUCUCUAAGGAUUACAUGUGUGAUACAUCUAAAAGUCAGUUUAUUGUGUGGGGCGCCUAUUUACUGGAGUUUUUACCGAAGGCUGAUAAGCCGGCUGUGAUUCCACCAGAACUGAAACCCAAACUUCCCAGCGAAAUGUUCUCCAUCAGAAUAAAAGUUACUAAUAAUGUAGGUAAGGAUGAGAAAAAGGAAAAGAACACUGACGAGGUUGUGACAGUGGUGGAUGAUGGUCAGGAAUGUACAAAGUCUAAAGUAAUGUCAGAAGAUGAAAGUAAGCGGUACAAUAUGAGGUUGCAGAAGAAAUUGAUUGAUAAGAUAAAAUUUGCUGAGCGGUUGAGAAAUCUGAUCAUAGCUGAAGAAAAAAAAGGGGUGACUGCAUCAAAAUUUUCUGUUUCUAGGGAAGGCAUAGAAAAGGCUUUAAAGAAGUACAAGACUCAGUUAUGGAAAGCCUGUACUGGCAAUAGUAAUUUGACUAUACAACAACUUAAACAGGCACUGCAUGCUGCAAAGUCUUCUGCUGGUGGAUCAAAUACUGCUGGUAAUAAAUCUAGACCAGUUUCAAGAGGUGCUAGUGCAGCUGCUAAUGAGACAUUGUCAACUUCAACUUUGGAACGGAUCCAGACAAAUCAAGGUGUUACUGUGGUUACUGCAACUGGGCAGACUAUGGGACAUCAUAGCUUUAUAAACCUUGCCAAUCAUCAGCAAGGAGUAGCUUCAUCAGCAGGUGCCUCAAUUAAAUCUGUUGGCAAUCUUGUCAUUCAUGGAUCUGUGCCAACACAUAAUCUCAACCAGGGACAAGGGUUAAUUGAUAAUAUUGAAAAUGUAAAAAAAUCCGAUGGGCCAGUUUCCUCAGUGCCCCAAGCACCUAAAGGAUCAAUAAGCACCUCAAAAAUAAAUCAGAUAUCAAAUGCAAAUUCAGGUUUAAGUCCGAAUAUUUAUGGAUCUGAUGUUGUAUUUAUGCCUCUUGACAAAAACAUACACCCUAGUCAGCUACCUCCAGGAGCCAAGAUAGCAGUUGUACAGCCUAUCCUUGAUCGAGAUGGUUCUCCAGUACCCUUUGCAGGACAGCCGCCUGCUGGAGGUGGACCAUUUAGGGCUGUUGUUCUUCCAAAUGCUUCUCAGAUGUCUGGCUUCCCAGUGACUAAACCUUUCUUAAAUCCAGCAGUGACAUCCUUAGCUGCAACUCGUCCAGUUAUUACUCAAAAUUUUCAAGGUUCUAGUGUAUCAGGAAUGACGUCAAGUACAUCUGGACCUCAAAGUGUUCCACGAAUGCCAGGUCCUGUUGGUGCAGUUCAUACGUCCGGAAAUUGUGUCUUUGUGAAUGGAACUGGCCCAGGCAUGAGGGCUGGUUUCCCAUGUCCACAGUAUGUAGCUACAGUGACUUUACCUAGUAGUUCAGUAAGCGGAUUUCUUCCAUUAAAAAUAUUUCAAACAUAGGGUCUGUGAUGUCUCCAUGUACUUCUGGGGGAACUUUGAUAACUUCAAAUGGUACUGCAGUAGCUCCAGGUGCUACAGGUGUUUAUCCAAUCAGAUUUACACCAGACACAUCAGGAAAAGUGCAUGUUGCAGUACCACCAAAAGAUAUGAUUGGUUUUCCAAAGGUAGCUUCUAUGCCUUUCAAGAUUGUUCCUGAUGGGAAACAAAUGUUGCUGGUUCCAGUAACUUCUUCAGUGGUUCCUAGCUCAACUGGCUCCAAUAUGUCAGCAACAGAUGUAGCAAAUGUGGAUGUUGUUAGUCAGUCUGGGACUGGAUCUCCCAUGGUCAGGCCAAAUGCAACAAGUCCGGUACUUUUUACGUUGCCAGUGUCUGAAGGAAAUGUUUCUUCAAAUUUGCAGGAACAGAUUCCUGCAACAAAUCUAAAUGGUCAAAGAAAAGGCAGCGAUACUGUGUUCAAAAAACAAAAUACAGGUUUUCAUGCUGAAGAAAAUAUUGCACAGAAACCAGAAUCAUACAUAUCAAAAAAUGAAAUUGCUCAAGGGAAGAAAUUGAGAACUGAUGAAACAGAAAUUGGAAGUUGUGAAAGAGGUGAAAUCUGUGAUAGUAUUCAUGUUGAAAGUGAUGGUGAAACUGGCGAUGUUGACUCUUUAGGAAGCUCAUCAAAAUCUCUGUCUUCACUCAGUGAUAUAAUGAAGACUGAUAUUUAUUCACUUGAAGUAAAACAUCAUACAAACUCUAGUAAAUCCAGUGAAAACAUAGCUCAGAAAGAUGCAGCUAAAAGAUGUAAAUCCGAAACUACUGAUAUAAAUGACAUUUUAGAUAUUGCAAAAAGUGCAGGAAUUGAAAUAGCUAAUACUUAGAGCUUAUAGAUAAGACAGAUAGAGAAAGGAAUAGUUCGAGUACUUGUCUGAAUGUGAAAAGUAAUGUUAAGAAAGAAAAGAUAACAGGUGGUUCUAAAACAGAGUCAGAUUGUGUUGUGCUUGAUACUGAUGAGGAAUGUUUAGUGAUUGAUGAACAGCAAAAAGAACAAAAUCAAACAAUUGAAGAUGAAGCAAAACAAAAUACUACAGAAAAUAAGGACAAAAGCUCAUCAGAAAAUCAAAGAAAAAGUUCGUCUCCAGAUUUAAUAGACAGUAUUGAUUGGGAACAGGAAAUAAGAAUAAUGGAAGACUACAUGGAAAAAGAACGUAGAGAAAGAAGUCAAGCUGAAUCAAGACAAGAAGAGCAAGCUGCUAUAAAAAUAGAGGAUUCUGAGGUGAAAGUUCAUAAUAUUUAUUUUAAGGAUUGGAAUGAAUACUAAAAUUAACAUUGGAAUAUUUUAUGCUUCAUUGGACAAUUAUUUCUGGAAUUUCAUUCACUUACCUCAUAAUUGUCCCUAAUAAUUUACCAAUUUGUUGCUUGUAGACGUGGGUGGUUCGUAAGGCAAAACUUACAAAAUAGAACAUGUUGUAAUCUGUAGUCGAGACUUAAGAUUUACAAAAUCAAGGAAAAGCAUCGUACACAUGAUCAUAUUUGGCUGCACAUCUUGCAUUUAGUUGGUGUUGGACAACUAAAUCCUUCUGUCUGUUGAGGCCUAAAUACACCUCAAGGUAGCUUUGCCAAGUUCAGAUUUUCAAAAACCAUUAUAAUUUGUGCUGCAUUUGGUUAACUUCUAAAAAAAAAAUGAACAUGCAGACGUUUAAUCAUUAGUGUACAAAUUGUUCAAUUAUAGACCAAUUUGUGUUUUUAGCUCACCUGAGCACAAAGUGCUCAGGGUGAGGUAUUGUGAUCGCUCACUGUCUGCCGUCCAGCGUCCGUCCACACGUUCCUUUAAACAACAUCUCCUAAACCAACAGGCCAAUUUUGAUGAAACUUCACAGGGAUGUUCCUUGGAUGGUCUUCUUUAAAAAUAGUUCAAAGAAUUGAAUUCCAUACAGAAUUUUGGUUGCCAUGGGCAACCAAAAGGAAAAACUUUGAAAAUCUUCUUCUCAAAAACUAGAAGCCCUAGAGCUUAGAUAUUUGGUGUGAAGCAUUGCCUAGUGGACCUCUACCAAUUUUGUUCAAAUCAUGACCCUGGGGUCAAAAUUGACCCCCCCCCCCAAGGGGUCACUUGAUUUUACAUAGGAAAAUCUUAAAAAAUCUUCUUCUCAAAAACCAGAAGCCUAGAGCUUAGAUAUUUGACAUGUAGCAUUGCCUAGUGGACCUCUACUAACAUUAUUCAAAUCAUGACCCUGGGGUCAAAAUUGACCUCGCCCCAGGGGUCACUUGAAUAAAAUUAUUCACGAUUCCCAUCGUUACUAUAUUCCAGUUCAUGCUUUAUUUCAUGCUUCAAAGUCUUUACCAUAAUUUUGUUUAUGCAAUUUUGAUCAUGCUUUGCAUGAUAUUUUCGUGAUUAAGCGUUAGUGUAUAGUAUUUAAAACUUGCAUUACAAGUGUUCUAGUUACUCGAGGCAAGAAUUUGACACCAGAAAGUUAUUUCUUACUUACAACAAUUUAUUUAACAUAUUAUGUCGCGGGAAAAUUCUCCACGUGGGCAUAUUGAGAGAGAGUCUCGACAACAAGUUGUAGAAGAACUGAAAGAGUAUUUCGACAACAAAUUUGAGAGUUUUUCAGAGUGAUUUAAAAAGGGAUUCGGAGUGGACAGCCUCUUCUGCAGCAAAAAAGGUAAAGCGUGAUUCAUUCUUGUCGUUCAAAAACAUUUCUAACAAGAAACAGUUUGAGUUCAACUCUUCUGUAUUAGACAUAGUUGACAACAUAGAGAAAGCAGUUUCGUAUCGGGAGGAUAAUAAAGCUCUUGAAUUUGUGAAAGAGGCCAGGAGUGCUAUUAAACACAGAAAUAAACUUAUAAGAAUUGCUGAUAGUUCCGACUCUGGCUGGGCUACCAUUAAUGAAUAUGAACUUUUGGAAAUUGCCUCAGACUCUGAGGAUGAUAAGAGAAUUCGUCGCGCUGAAGAGCGCGCCAAGAAAAAGGCAGAGAAAAACUCUAAUAUGUUGGAUCUCAGUUCUCGUUCUAGUUCUUUUCGCAACAACAGUAGAUUCUCAAGGGUUAUGGAAGGACGACGCUCUGAUGUCGGAGAAGUCGUUUGCUACAGGUGUGGCCAAGAAGGCCACUAUGCCAACGUUUGUACAGUGCGUCGUGGAUUCAUGGGACAACAGCCCUACGGAGCCGGCAAACAAACAGCCACAGUAUCCAAGCCGCCAGCUGACGAAACAACAGAAGUGUCAAAACAGUAACUUUCAUGACAGACUUUCUGCUUAUGAUAAGUAUCUAUUUUUUUGAUCAGACUGUUAACCAGUUGAAAGAAUGUGCAGUUUUUUACGGAUAUGCGAAGAGCAAAGAAAACAUUCAGUUAAAUUUCGUUAAAGGAAGGUUGAAAAAUUGUAUUUCUUUUUGGGAAAAACACCAUUUGUCCGUCAAAUAAUGAAAUUAUUGAUUUUAUUGAAGAGGGCUAUGUAAUUCCAUUUACGAAAAAGCCUCCAUCCUUUCAAUUACGAAAUAAUUUGUCAGCUUUGAAAAACAAUGAUUUUGUCGACUCUGCUGUUAACGAAUUAUUAGAGAAAAACUGUGUGUAUGAAGUUUUUGUCAAACCUCAUAAUGUCAACCCGUUGUCUGUCACAGAUUCGCCAAUGAUUACAAUACUAAACUUUCUAGAUUAACUCCCUUUACUUAACGCCUACAACCGAAAAUGUCGACGCCUUUUCGCAAAAUUGGUCAUCCGACAAUAACUGGUUGGUCCCGCCUGUAGUACUGAUUCCUAAAGCAAUUAAUCAUUUAAUUGCUUGUAAAGGUCAAGGUACCCUCGUCGCUCCUUACUGGCCUUCUAGUCCGUAUUUUCCGAUGUUUUUUUGGACCUUCAUCUAUUUCAAAGCAGUUUAUCAAAGAUAUUCUUUUGUUUAAGAAUAAUUCACAUAUUUAUAUACAAGGAAAAAAUGUUAACUCUAUUUUUGGUUCUGACAAGUUUAAUAGUAAAGUGUUGGUCGUUAGGUUAGAUUGUAAAUCAUAAGUUGUGUUUAAGAUGGCAAAUAGUCUGCAGUGAAAAUUGUAUAUCUAUAUGUAUAGUGUUUUCGUUUACAGGCUUUUUUUAUUCAGUUAGAUGGAAAGAAGUUUCUGAUACAUGCAGCUAUUCUGGUCUUCCAACACGGAUGUUUUCAGAAGUAAAACAGGCUAUCCUUGAAAGCAAAGAAGUCACUACCGUCAGGUGGCGCGACUAUUAGUGCUGAUUCUGGAACCAGUGACAGGAUUUGGAAAAAACACGGUAGAUGGCGUUCCGAGUCUGCCAAAGAUGGGUAUGUUAAAGACAGUGUUAAGGAACGAUUGUCGGUUUCUUUAAAUCUAGACAUUUAAGUUGUUUUGACGAACAUUUGUGCGUUUUGAUAUUAAUUCAUUAUUUACAUGACAUACAUCGAUUAAUAACUGAUUAUAUAUGUAUCAAUAUUUUAUAGAUAUCAAGGGGUACCAUAGUAAAUAUGCUUAACUUGA